GUGGUUUCUAGAAUGUUUUAUUAGUUAUAAAAGCAAAAAUCUAAAUCUCAUAGUUUUAAAUAAGAUUCUCGAGCGAUUUAACAAAAAUCACAUCAAAUUUUCAAAUUCACCUAAAAUCAUCUAGCAACUUAUCAAAAAUCAAAUCAUUUCAAAUUUCAGAUUGAAUACACUCCUAAUUUAUUUAACAUAGAUUUUUGGGAUCAUAUACUCAAGUGAUACGGAUUUACUCUGUAACAAAAAGUUAAUUAAAGUAUAUGGUUUAUCCUAAAAUGUACCUGCUUAGUGUCGUAUGGACUCAGUGCUUACGCGAAUGGUAUUCCAGACAGUACUCAGUGCUGUUUGGAAAGAAAAGAAUUCAAGACGCCAUGGAAAAGCUUGGGUCACAGUGGAUAAACUCACUCGAAACAUUGAAAAACUAGUUCAAAAUCAUAUUUCCUCUCUUCACUAAAUCAGAGGCCAUCCGUUGGAGGGACUCCUCAGAAGAUGGUUUGAAGUUCCCUAGAAAUCUUGUUAGAAAUCUCUCGUUCGUUUUUUAGUAGGAUAACUUAUACAUCCAUCUUUUUGUAAAUGAGCUAACUUUAAUCAAUAAGUUUGAUAUUUUAUCAAAACAAUUAUGUCGAAUAAGAAACCUAAACAAUAAAAUUAUAGAGUUACAUAUAAUACUAAAAUGUAAAUUAUAUAUUUAAAAUAUUUUUAAUAAUAUCAAAAUAAUAUAUUUAAAAAAAAAAUAUUCACAUAAAUGUGCAGGUCAAAAUAUAGUUUUCAUAUAUAAUAAACAAAGGUUUGAUCUAAAAGAUUUGUCUUUCAGAUGUAUAUAAAAAGAAAUAUAAAUUAUAAAGUUUCAGAUAUACUAUUUAGAUCCAAAAUUUAUAUAUCUAGAUCCAAACACUUUUAGCUAUGACGCAAAUGUAGAAAAAUUAUUAACGAAUAGUAAAAGUAUUAUCAUACAUGAUUCAUUAUUUGAAUUGCAAGGCAAUUUGAACCAUUAUCGUUAUUUGAUAACAAUUAUAAUAUGAGAGUAGACAUUAUCUUAUUAUAUAAUGCUGAGUCGCCGGUUCGGGAUUAUUCAAGAAUUAAGACGGAGUUAAUUAUUAUUCUAAACAGAGCUGGUAACAUGGUGAUGAAUCUGAUGAUCGCCAAUAUUUAAAUUCAAUAUUUUAGUUUGUCUUUCAUCUUAUUAAAAUGCAAAGUCAAUGUAUGUAGGCACCGGGGCUCUUUAUAAGAAGCUACAAUACUUUACAUAUAAAUACAGAGAAUAUAAUACAUUUUUCCUUGCAAAGAAGAAAAACCCAAAAUAACAGAUCCAAUUGUUUUCGAGAUCGCGUCUGAAUCAUAAUAUAUAGCAUGAUCAAAGAAGAGAUCGAUUCAUGUGUUCAUCCUCUAGAUGGUGGUAUGGCAGAAUCCGAUAAGGAAGUGGAGCUUGAUGCAACAAAAGCAAAGGUAGAUAAAGUAAGAGAAGAAAACGAAAAGUUAAAGCUCUUACUCUCUACGGUCCGUACAGAAUACAACUCCCUUCAAAUGCAUGUCUCCAAUGUUAUCCGACAACAACAUGAAGCUUCUAUGAAGCUAGACGAUAAUGGUCACGAGGAUUUGGAUGUAGAUAUAUCUCUUACGCUUGGUAGAUCAGAGCAGAAAAUAUCCAAGAAAGAGGAACAAGUAAAGAAAAUUAUUGCGGAAAAUAAUUCUAUUAAGAACAAGGAAGGGUCGGAGAAGAAAAGAUGGGCGCAUGGAUUAGCAUUUCGGAUUCAAAGUUUUGAAGAUCCGGAUACUAAUCAAACCAUGAGGUUAGAUAAUCUUUCUAAAGAGGUUAAGAAUAAAAGCGUGGAAAAUAAAUAUUUAUCUUCCAGGAAAGAUGUCAAAACAGCUAGAAAUGAAGAUCAGCAUGAGCUUUUGGAAGGACAUGAGCAACCAGGUUUAAAGAAAACUAGGGUCUGUGUAAAAGCCCCAUGUGAAGAUCCAUCAAUAAACGACGGUUGCCAAUGGAGGAAAUACGGUCAAAAGACUGCAAAAACGAAUCCUCUUCCACGAGCCUAUUACCGCUGCUCCAUGUCCUCGAAUUGUCCCGUAAGGAAACAGGUGCAAAGAUGCGGAGAAGAUGAUACAUCCGCUUAUAUGACGACGUACGAAGGAAAUCACGACCAUCCUCUUCCUAUGGAAGCAACUCAUAUGGCAGCUGGAACUUCAGCUGCCGCCUCCUUACUACAAUCUGGCGCCUCUUCUUCAGCGAGCUUAAGCCAUUUCUUCCCUUUUCACCACUUCUCUGUCUCCACCACCAACUCCCACCCCACUGUAACACUCGACCUCACACAACCAAACUAUGAUCCCAAUCAAUUACCAAACUACCCUCUUUCUUCUUCCUCUCUCAGCUUCUCCUCCUCUGGUCGUCCAUCUCCGUCAAAGAGUCACACAUUGAGCUUCAGUGGUUUGAGAUCACAAGCUCCUAUGAAUACAUAUUCACAUUUAUCACAUCACACCAGACUUUUUGGACGGCAGUGACUAUGUAUAUUGGUAUAGAUACAUUUUUUUUUUGCUUUUUUUUUGUCAUUUAUUUUUUCAAAUUGUUUUAGGCAUGAUGGAAUAAAUAGCUAACAUGUAAAGUAGUGGAAUGGAAAAGGAUGGUAGCCCACCCGUGACAGCAUUCCAACUCAAAACAAAUAGCAGUGAGUGGACUAAUCCAAGUCAUUGUACACAAUACUAUCUGUGUGACAUCUUCUAACAAUUUCUCCAGUCUGGUUUUGAAUUAUAUGUGUCAUAUAAAGUUUGUAGAUAAUAAAACAUUUUUAGUUAGUGGUUUUGAAGCUUUUAUAAUUAUAUUCUGCUUCAGAAAACAGUUUUCUACAACUA